AUGUUGUCGUUUCAGGUUGAAACAGUGCCCCUGUGCCCAGAUAUCAUGUUCAUAAUUAUACCUGAGAAUGUGAAAUUGUUUGGUAGGACAUUGAUCAUUUCUUCAACCCUAUUGCUACAGGAUUUUAAAUUUCCUGGAUUUUCAAAUUUAGAGCAUACUGAUAUCCCAGGUCUUCCCAAUACUUCUCAGCAUUUGGAUAGUAUUUCAGAGGUGCAAGGCUUUAAUCCAGGCUUCUUGAAAAUCUGGAAACCAUUCUUUCUCUCUGAAUGUUCCAUCACUGUCUUCAAGGAUACGUUUUGGUGGUUUUUCCUACAUAGUUUUAAGCCAAGUUUAAAGGAUGAAAAUAGGUUAUUUGAUUGUAUCUCUUCUGGAUUUGUCUCACUUCUGCUGAUGGUUGACAAUGAUGUUAAAGACAAAUUAUUCAAGGUAUAUGCGGAAUGCUUAGCUCAGGCAAUUUAUGUUGCCUUCAUUGGGGCAUUUCCACAGUCGCAGGAACAUUUUGAUGACAACUUCACAGCAGAGCUGGCUGAGGUGACCUCACUGUGGGUGUCAGGUCUAAAGCCCAAGCUUUUUUCAUGGAAGAAAUGGCAGCGUAGAUGGUUGACUCCAGCAAAGGAUGCCAUUAAGACUGAAGAGAAUAUAGUGUGCG